UAAUUUCUAUAAAUACCGAUCCAAUAGAAGAAUUACAGAGUUAUAGGAGAGAAAGAUGAGUUCGCUCAUUGAACCGUUCACCGGACAGGAGAUCCAAAGGUGGCAGCUCAAACCUGGUGAUCACAUCUAUACAUGGAGGGCGUUCGUCUACGGCCAUCAUGGAAUAUAUAUGGGCGAUGAAAAGGUCAUUCAGUUCAGCUUUGCAAGAGGACAAAUACCUGAAGUACUUGAAGCUGUUAUCCACUUAUUGAUCCGCAAAAAACCAUGCAAUAAGUGUGGAGGUUUGUUGAACAGGACAAGCAAUGGAGUUCUAAUCACAUGCUUAGAUUGUUUCCUUGCCGGAGGCAAAAUCUACCGCUACCGAUACUCCAUUUCAGACCAUGAGAGGCGGAACAUGAGAGCCGGAACACGAGAGCCGGAACAUGUACCACGGCUGACUCAGACCCGCCAGAGAAAGUCCUUGAGCGUGCCAAAUCAAUAAUUGAGGAAGGCUUCGACGUGUACCACCUCAUUAAGAACAAUUGUGAGGACUUUGCUUUAUAUUGUAAGACGGGCAAAAAAAUUACCGAAUGUCGCAGUGGGCAGACCAAGGAAGUUGUUGCCUUAUUAGAAGCUCCUGCAAGUGUUGCUCAUGCUGUACGUCAACACUUACGUGAGGCAAGG